AAACAAUUCCCCACGCGACCAACCAGCUCUACACGCGUGCUGAAACCUACCACAUCCAAUUUCAAUUAAUUUUCUCCCAGAACCAACCAUCACCAGUCUUGCGCGCGCACUCUCUCUUCCUCUCCCUUGGCCGAAAUCCGGGGAAGCUCCGACUCCAACACACUCAACACACACACACUCUCUCUCUUUUGCUCGCACCGAUAAACAAUACACCACAACGCAAACUACUCUCCAAUACAGAGACACGACACAGCAAGACACUGAUGCGGACCCAUCAUCGCGCGCACUCCCGUCCCCGUCUACUCUCAUGUUGCUGAAGCCGUCCGACGUCUUGUUCCUCGCACCAUGUCGGAUUCAGUGGAUCGUGUCUUCGUCCAUGCCCUUAACACGGUGAAACGCAUUCCCCGCACGGGGACCGCUAGACCGCCGGCGUCGGAGAGAUUGAAGCUUUAUGGCUUGUAUAAACAGAGCAUGGAAGGCGAUGUCGAAGGCGUCAUGGAUCGACCGGUCGGGAAUACCGCGGAUGUGUUUAUGGAGUGUGAGAAAUGGGACGCAUGGCACGCCCAACGAGGCCUCUCCCGAACAGAAGCCAAACGACGCUACAUCUCCACCCUCAUUGAAACCAUGCAUAACUACGCUUCCCAAACAGCCGAGGCAAGGGAACUCGUCGCAGAAUUGGAAUUCGUCUGGGAUCAGAUCAAAUCCAACCCGUCUUCGUCGUCUAUGUCAUCAUCUCAGGGCCUCGGUAGUCCGGUGGCUUCGGCGGCAGCGGUGUCCAUACGAGAUCAUGCACGGAUUCAGCAGCAGCAUCAGCAGUUCCAGCAGUCUAGUAGGGAAUUGUCACGUCCGGAGUAUGAGCAGUUACUUGCUACCACGGCUAGAGGGAGAGGGAGUGAGAGAUUACGGGUGUUGAGUCCGGUUAGUCAGGCGGAGUCGGGGUUUCGACGACAGAUGGAGGAUGAACCACCUGAAGAGGAAGAAGAGGAGGAGGAGGAGGAAGAGGAGGAAGUGUACGCGGAAGCGCAAGAUAAUCUAUUCGAGAAUGAAGACGACAACGACGAAGGAGAAGAAGAACAUAUGGAGGAAGAAGACUACAACAACACUUACGACCGUCACGAAUCGCAUGACUACCAUCAACAACAACAAGGGUACAACUUCCCCUCCCACCAGGAGGAAGACUACGAUCACGAUACUACCCUAAGUCGAAGACAACGACGACGACCACCACAAACACCCCCGGACGACUCCAAACGCUGGCGUCGCACCGUCGAGCAGGCCUUGACGACCAUGACCGCCGAGAUCGCCGCCGUGCGAGAACAAUUGGAAGCGCGAGCGCUAGCUCAUCGUCGACGAACAGGACUAUGGGCCUGGCUGAAGUGGUUGGUUUGGGUCGCUGCACGGCAGAUCAUGGUUGAUUUGGCUUUGCUCGGUAUGCUUCUGAUCUGGAUGAGACUGCGGGGAGAUCGCAGGUUAGAGGAGAAGUUGAAGGAGGGUGGUGUCCGCGUCUCCUACGUCUUCAUCAUCAUCUUCUUCGUCUGGUGA